CCUGUUAGGAAGCUCGCAGCGUUGGGGGGGAGGGCCUGUUGGGGGCACUCCUGUGAGGAAGCUCGCAGCGUGGAUCCCAGCUGUGCGUUUUGCUUUGCAGUUACUGCUCUGCCCCACAGGCCGAACCGUGUCUCUCGGUGGCCGGGCCAGUCCCCGGCGGUGCCGGCGGCCGCCAUGGUCCGGCUCUCCAAGCCCAAGACAUUCCAGGCCUACCUGGACAACUGUCACCGCAGAUACAGCUGUGUGCACUGCCGGGCACAUCUGGCCAACCACGAUGACCUCAUCUCCAAGUCUUUCCAAGGGAGUCAGGGGCGAGCUUAUCUCUUCAACUCAGUGGUGAAUGUGGGGUGUGGGCCGGCUGAGGAGCGGGUGCUGCUGACAGGGCUCCACGCAGUAUCCGACAUCCACUGUGAGAGCUGCAAGACCACGCUGGGCUGGAAAUAUGAACAAGCCUUCGAGAGCAGCCAGAAGUACAAGGAGGGUAAAUACAUCAUCGAGCUGAGCCACAUGAUCAAGGACAACGGCUGGGACUGACCCUGCCCCACAAACCCCACUGCAGCGAGGGGCGGGGCUUGCACCAUCGUUCCCAUGGAAACUAGCAGCAAGGCGGGGACUUGCAGGAUCAGUUCUAUGGCCUAACUGAGGAGGGGGUUCCCUGACACUGUUUCCAUGGAGACCCAUCCCAAACCUGGUCCCCCUCCAGGAGAGGUGGGGCUUCACCUCAAGGUUGCUAUGGAUACCACCCCACCCAGGACCACUGCCAUGAAGAGGCGGGACCUUGCUGCACCCUUUCCAUAGAGAUGAGCACUGCCUCCUAGCUUUGCAUGGGGACAUUACUGAACAUUAAUUAAUGUGUGUUCGGGGCGGGGGGAGGGGGGAGGACAGGUAAUGCCCACCAUUGGGGAGGGAGGGGUGGUGCUGCACUGUCCUGUGAUUGGCUGAGGGGGGGGGUACUGCCCAAGGGGCGCAGGAGAGGGGAGGGGGACCCCCAGGAGAUGCCGUGUUGUGUGUCCAGGGGGUUGUGUACAAAGGGGGGGGAUGGGCUGUACAGUAUUGAGUGUGAAUCCGUUGUGUGUAAAUAAAACAGCUUCAACUGUGA